GUCUGAAGGUGGACGUGGUUUUUUUUGUGGACGGAUGUGACAGUCAACUUUCGACAUGUUUAAAGGGAGAGUCCAGUGGAGGUGGUGCGGCCCCUUUAAAUCUCCUGCCUGGAGCAAACUCACCUGGAAUUGGGACUGGCGCAUGCGCACCCGCGCCCACCUGCGUGUACACACCUGUUUCCAACGAGGCGGAAGUUGGUGCUGAGAGCGAGAGGAGUGGAGAGUGAGGGUGAGUGGAACCCUUGUGGAAAACUGCAGUGUUUCGCUUGUGGGGGACGCGGGCUGGGCUCCUCACCGAGUUGACCGGUUGUUUUGCUGAAAGCCGGUUGGUUGUGACAAGCCCCGACUGAUGUCUGCUCGCCCUGAGACUCCUGCCUGAUUCACGGUAUUGUAUCUAUCGCCCUGGGCUCCACAGGCGAUGAAAACUGAUUUAUUUCAGUCCAGAUCUGAUUGAAUUUUCAAACUGCCGAGAACAUCGUCACCCCACCUUUAAUGUUUCAUUUUAUGAACUUAAAAAAAAAAAUCAGGUACAGCGUGCACGGUCAUUUCUUGAAGGUUUUGAAGAUCUUUUGAGCUGAAGAUCUUGAGAGUUUCUGGAUUCAGGCUUUUCAUUCACCUAAAAGUUAUCGAGGCUCUUCCAAGAACCAAUACUUAGGAUUCAAGAUUUUACUACCUCAUGAAAGUGUGUGCAAGCUUCUUUGCUGCUGGGAGCUGGAUGUUCUUCUAAACUUUAAAACAACAUUUCUGGAGUGGAUAUUUAAGACUAAGCAUGCCUGUAAUUAGAAGGCUCUUAAGAAGACGUUAUUUGCCCUGGAAACUUGUACUUGUAGCUCUUGUGUUUAUCACAUUUAUAUUUCUGAUGCAUAGGGAAGUAGUUGGGACUACAACGCAAGAGCCAUGGCUGAAAGAAAUGGUAGUAAAGAAAGACAAAAUGUUGCACAUGAUGAUGGGAGCAGUGAACAAUCUAAGAGAUUCAAUUCCAAAAAUGCAGAUAAGAGCACCUAUCAGACAGAAAGACUCUACAGAUGGCAAAAAACCUUGUUUGCCGGGAUAUUACACAGCAGUAGAAUUGAAGCCUUCCAUGGAGCGGCCACCUGAGGAUUCAAAUGCCCCUGGAGCUUCUGGGAAGCCAUUUCAUACUGAUAAUCUCUCCCUAGAGGAGCAGAAGGAAAAAGAUCAAGGAAAUGAGAAGCACUGCUUCAAUGCUUUUGCAAGUGAUCGAAUUUCUUUACACAGAAGCCUUGGUCCUGACACACGACCACCUGAAUGUAUUGAACAAAAAUUUAAGCGAUGUCCUCCCCUGCCUACUACUAGUGUGAUUAUAGUGUUUCACAAUGAAGCUUGGUCUACACUACUCAGAACUGUUUUCAGUGUAAUGCAUACUUCGCCCGCUAUAUUUUUAAAAGAGAUAAUUAUGGUGGAUGACGCAAGUACAGAUGAUUACUUAAAAGAUGAAUUAGAUAAUUACGUGAAGCCAUUUCAAAUAGUUAAAGUUGUUCGUCAGCAGGAAAGGAAGGGGUUAAUUACUGCAAGAUUGCUAGGAGCCUCAAUAGCGACAGGAGAGGUCCUGACCUUCUUGGAUGCCCAUUGUGAAUGCUUCAACGGUUGGCUGGAGCCUUUGUUGAGCAGAAUAGCUGAGAAUUAUACAGCUGUGGUGAGCCCUGAUAUCUCCAGCAUUGAUCUUAAUACAUUUGAAGUGGCGAAACCAAAUCCAUAUGGACAAAAUCAUAAUAGGGGUAACUUUGACUGGAGUCUGUCAUUUGGAUGGGAACUCCUUCCUGACCAUGAGAAAAAGAGGAGAAAAGAUGAAACUUACCCCAUCAAGUCACCAACGUUUGCUGGUGGGUUAUUUGCUAUCUCGAAACAAUACUUUGAAUUCAUAGGCAGUUAUGAUGACCAGAUGGAAAUUUGGGGUGGUGAAAACAUAGAAAUGUCUUUCAGGGUUUGGCUGUGUGGUGGACAAUUGGAAAUUCUGCCAUGUUCUGUAGUAGGUCAUGUUUUUCGCACCAAGAGCCCACAUACUUUUCCCAAAGGAACUCAAGUAAUAGCUCGCAACUUGGUCCGUCUGGCAGAAGUAUGGAUGGAUGACUACAAACAGAUAUUUUACAGACGAAACCAACAGGCAAUGCAAAUGUCUAAAGAGAAAACAUAUGGAGACAUUACUGAAAGGCUAGAGUUGAAACAACGUCUACAUUGUAAAAACUUCACUUGGUAUUUGAAGAAUGUUUAUCCUGAGGUGUUUAUGCCCGAUAUGUCUCCUGCACGUUAUGGUGCAAUUAAAAAUCUAGGUUUGGAAACUUGCCUUGAUGCUGGAGAAAAUAAUCAGGGUGCCAAACACUUAAUAAUGUAUUCUUGCCAUGGUCUUGGAGGAAACCAGUACUUUGAAUAUACCUCACUGCAUGAAAUUCGUCAUAACAUUCGGAAGGAGUUGUGUAUUCAUAACUUGAAAGGCAUUGCUUUUCUGGAGGAAUGUACACAUAAAGGUCCAAACAGCUUUGUUUCAGGAGAGCAGAAAUGGGAAAUUCAGGACAUGCAUCUGGUAAAUCAAUUUUCAAAUGAGUGCUUAACUGCAAGAGGGGAAAAACCAAACUUGGUGCCAUGCAAUCCUUCUGAUCAAUACCAAAAGUGGAUUUUCAGCUAACAUACAAUAUUGUUCCAAAACAAAAUGAGGAUUUAAGUGCAUAUUUUAUAUCACAAGUCAGGAAAUAUUUGCAUGGGUUGUAAAGCAAAAGAACAGAAGAAUUAUAGCUAUUAUAAUUGAAACAUAUUUUCAAGACAUUCUUAAAAGUUUGAAAUGAAGCAUAUUGCACUUGAAUGUAUUAGAUGGUGCUAGGGUAUCUUCCUGUUUUUCUCUACAGGCAAUGAACUUUUUAAAAAACAUGUUACAAUAUUUUUUAUUCCAGUACAUAAAAGUGAAUGCAGAGGAUGUAUAAGGUUUUGAUUACUGAGUUGGUGAUUACAUAUGCUAGAAAUUUUAAUGUGUGGAUAAGUGAUCAAAUAAACUACAAUUUACUUCUGUAAACAAUUUACUAGGGGUUUUUCCAAUGGAUAUAUUUUUGGGAUUUGGGUAUAUACUGGAAAUGAUUCUUUCCCUUCAUGAGAUACAAAAAAAUGUAUGUGCUUGGGAAUAUUUUUACCAUAUGAACCAAGAAGAACUUUCUAAAAAAGAAUCAGUACAAUUUUUUUGUGAUACCUCAUUUGGUUUCUCAGAGUACAUGUAUGUUUUGAUCCUUUUUGAUUUGAUGAAAUUCAUAACUUUAACAAUUAUAUGGAAAAAUACACCUUUAGAACGGUAUCAUGUCACUGCUGUGUUAUUUAUUUUAUUGAGAUUACCAGAAAUGGGUUGCAGUGGUUUUUUUUUAUACUAAUGCAACUAUGGUUGCGGGAGUCUUUUGUACAGAGGUGUUCAAAUUUCUUUGAUAUACUGUCAAAUCAGUCUCUCCAGAAACAGUAUUUAUAAUGUCUUUUCAAGCCCUAUUUUCGAUAAAAUGUCUUCACUUUUA